AUGGACGGGGACGAGCGAGACCCGAAGAAGGCUCUGAGACGCGAGGUGGUGGCUCGGUAUGCUCGCGCGGGUGUGGGCUCCAUCCUCAACAGCCCAUUCGCAGGGGGUCCCGUCGGCGGACGCACUGGGUGGAGCGCCAGCGAGUGGAGAUCGGUGAUACAACAGAUCCACCAGAUCUACAAGGAAGAGGGGGCUACGGUGCCCAUGCUUUACGGGGUGGACACCAUCCAUGGCGCCACGUACGUGCAGGGGGCGACACUGUUCGGCCAGCCCAUCAGUGCUGCCGCCUCGUUCAACCCCGAGCUGGUGUACCGCAUGGGUGCUGUGGCUGCGAAAGACACGCUGAGUGCAGGCAUCCCGUGGAUCUUUAGCCCUGUUUUGGGUAUUGCAGUGCAGCCAAAGUGGUCGCGCGUGUACGAGACGUUUGGGGAAGACCCACUGGUAUCAUCCGUCAUGGGGGCGGCACUUAUCAAAGGCCUGCAGAGUUCGGGCAAGGUGGCGGCUUGCAUGAAGCACUUUAUUGGCUACUCAAAUGUCCGCGAGGGAUUGGAUCGCGCGGACAACGUCAUUAGUGACUGGGAGCUUGUCAAUUACUACGCUCCGCCGUUCCUUGCUGCAGUCCAAGCUGGUGUACGCACCGCUAUGGAGAGCUACGUGUCGGUGAACGGAGUCCCUGUGAUCGCCAGCAAAAAGCUACUGGUUGACUUGCUGCGACACGAUAUGAAUUUCACAGGUCUGUUGGUGUCGGACUACAGCGAGGUUGAUCGCAUGUACUCGGAGCACCAUUUAGUGCCGAGUGUGGCGGAUGCCGUUCGUGUUACUUUGCAAAAGACGUCUCUCGACAUGAACAUGUCACCGGACUUGCAGGCUUUUGGAGAUACGAUCGAGUCGCUGGUUGCGCAGGGGCUAAUUACUGAGAGCCGCCUCGACGACUCUGUCCGACGCAUUCUGGAGACCAAGCGAGACCUCGGGCUGCUUGACUCGAACUACUAUGAAGACUUCAGCCAGGACGAUACGGAUGCUGACGAAGAUGUCGGCAGCUCAGCCGACCAGCAGGACGCUCUGAAGCUAGCGCAGGAGUCCGUGAUCUUGCUUGAGAAUCGCAAUGGUGCACUACCUAUUGACCUGGACAAGACUACCAGCGUGUUUGUCACCGGCCCGGCCUCGGACAACAAAGGCUUUCAAUGCGGUGGGUGGUCCGUCUUCUGGCAAGGAUCCGGCGACUCGACCCUUUUCCCGAACGGUGCCACUUUCAAGGAAGCCGUCCAUGGGCAUGCGCAGGUUGAGCACCUUGAGGUGGUGGACAUAGAUGGCAAUGUGAACCCCCAAGACUUCCAGCGCGGGAUGCAGCUUGCUGCCAAGAGCGACUACACUCUGGUCGUACUGGGCGAGCGCAACUACGCCGAGAAAACUGGCGACUUGCUUGGCAGUAUGGCGCUACCCGCUGGGCAGUUGUGGUAUCUCGAAGAGCUCACAAGGCUCAACUCUACGAAGGUGAUUGUCGUGCUGAUCUCAGGUCGUCCUCGUUUGCUGGAGGGGGCCCACGACCACGCCGACGCUGUCAUCUUGAGCAUGUUACCUUGCGAGCAAGGUGGCCAAGCCCUCGCCGACGUGAUUUUCGGCGAGGUGAACCCGUCCGCGCGGUUGCCCAUUACCUAUCCAGCUCGCGGCACGCAGCUACUGCCGUACUUCCACCGGGUGAACACGCGAUGCCAGCCGUACGACGAGUGUCCGGUGCAGUGGGAGUUCGGCCACGGUCUCAGCUACAGCAAGUUUGAGUAUUCGGCGCUUCGGCUCAACGCGACGCAGGUGCACGCCACAUCGGGCGCGUUGGAGGUCAUCGUCACGGUGACGAACCUCGGCUCUCGCCCGGGCAAGGAGGUCGUGCUGCUGUUUGUUGCGCAGAAGUUCCGUCGGGCGUCGGUGCCCGAGACGAAGCUGCUCAAGGCGUUCAAGAAGCUGGAGACGCUGGCGUCCGGGGCCAGCCAGGACGUCACGUUCGUGCUCACGCCCGAGCACUGGAGCUACUACGAGCCGCACGUCGUGGGAAGCGGCUUUCAGCGGCGCGCCGAGCCCGGCGAGUUCGUCGUCUCGCUGCUGCCCUCGUCCACGGACAGCUCAACGCAGCCGCGGGCGAUACCCUCCCCAGACGACGCUGAAAGAUCCAGCCAGACGAAGACUCGCGGCGCGCCGGGCGGCAUAGCCUCGGACUCGGAGGCGCCGGGCCCGGCAACGGCGCCACCAAGCGUUUCGUUCUAUGUGGUACCAUAG